AUGAAGAACGAAGAACUCGCCGCCAUGAUUCACGCUUUGGAGCUCAGUUUCCAAAAGCAUUCGGAGGAACAAUUUGCCCGAUUUAAUGCUAAGUUGGAUGAACAAGUCACACGACUGGAUGACCGAGUAAACCAGCUACAAACACCAUUGGGGACAUCGCAUGGAGGUAAAGCAAGUAUAGUGCAUGAUCUGCAUUCUCCAACUGGGCAGAAUUCUGAAGGAGUCUCGGAGAACAGGGAAAUGAACCACAUCUUGAAGAGUAUGAGAGUGAAAGUUCCUCGGUUCGAAGGGAACAAUGUGGAAGAUUGGGUGUACAAGAUCAACAAGUUUUUUGACUUACACGGGGUUCCGCCAGGCACUCGGUUAUCGUUGAUUGCAUUUCAUCUUGAAGGACCUCCCUCUACCUGGUUUCAAUGGAUGGAAAAAGGGGGUGGGUUUGCGGACUGGGAUUCGUUUCUGCGAGCCUUACGGUUACGUUUCGGAGUGUCCAUUUAUGAAGAUCCGCUGGGGAGGAUCGCGAAGUUAACUCAGACUGGGCGUGUUUCGGAAUUCAGGGCCGAAUUUGAAGAUUUAAUGACUCGGAUUUCAGGUGUAUCGGAGCAAUUCUUCUUGAAUUUUUUUGUAUGGGGAUUGAAGAAUGAGAUCAGAAGGGAGCUGUUGCUGGCCAAACCAGUAGACUUAGCCGAUGCUAUGGCCAAAGCUCAACUGUUCGAGGAUAGGCACGGUGAUUUACUGGGGAGGGUGAGAAGUGAGGGGACUCGCGCGGGGUGGUCUCCGCAGUUCACAAAUUCGUCAAGCCCCGUCCAUGGCACGGUUGGAUCGAUUGUUAGUGCACCCAACACCAAUGUAACAGUAGCUGCCAAAUUUCACAAACCCAGCCCCUUGGCUUUGCCAGUGAAACGUUUGUCUCCCACUGAGAUCAAGGAAAAAAGAGAUAAGGGACUGUGUUUCACCUGUGAUGAGAAAUACAGUUUUGGACAUAAAUGUAAAAAUCGUGUUCUAAUCCUUUGUACCCAGGGAGAUGAGGAAGAAGAAGAAGCGACGGCACAAACUGAACAAGGAGACACUUAUGAUGUAGAGGAGGGGCUGACUGAGGAAGUGAGUUUGAAUUCAUUAUCGAAUUCCACCAAUCCGAGGAUAUUCCGCAUUAUUGCCCAACAUGGAACCGAGCCUCUGGAGGUUUUGAUCGACAUGGGCAGCAACAAUAAUUUUAUUCAAGAGGCAUUAGCAGCUCGUUUGGGAUUGGCUUGUGAGGAUACCAAAAGGUUCAAAGUGUAUAUGGGAAAUGGCAACUCUCUUUGGUGUUCCCAACUGUGUAAAGAAGUGGAGUUAAUCUUACAAGGGCAUAAGUUUUCAGUCGACUUAUAUGUCUUGCCGAUAUGGGGUCUGGAUGUAGUUUUGGGGAUGCAAUGGCUUCAAACUUUGGGACCUUGCAUACAUGAUCAUCGAGCAUUAACAAUGGAAUUUAAAUGGCAGGGUAAUGUGGUCAAACUAGCGGGCUCGUCAACUACAGAGAAUCAUCAAUUAUCUUCGGCACAAUUACGAACUAUGUGUAGAGAGGGGGACAUAAAGGAUGUUUUUAUGUUGGCCACAGUUUCACAGACAGAGGCAGCAGCUUAUGCAGAGGUUGCGGACUUAGAAAAACAGUUACCAUUGGAAGGACAAGGCGUUCUUUUUGAGUUUCAAGAUGUCUUCGCCGAGCCUACACAAUUACCACCACACCGGCUGACCGAUCACCGCAUUUUCCUACAACCGGGGUCGAAACCAGUCAACGUAAGACCAUAUCGUUAUCCUUACUUUCAAAAGGAUAUUAUUGAGCAAUUGGUGCGGGAGAUGGAGCAUUAUGGGUUCGUUCAACCAAGUAAUAAUCCCUAUUCAUCACCGGUCUUAUUAGUGAAGAAAAAGGAUGGGUCGUGGCGUUUUUGUAUUGAUUAUCGAGCAUUGAACGACAUUACCAUUAAAGACCGAUUUUCGAUACCGACCAUAGAUGAGUUAUUGGAUGAGUUGGGAGGGGCGACAGUAUUUUCUAAGCUGGAUCUUUGGGCCGGGUAUCACCAAAUUCGAAUGGAUUCGCACGACAUUCACAAGACAGCAUUUCGCACUCACGAAGGCCACUACAAAUUUCGAGUAAUGCCAUUUGGUCUCACUAAUGCCCCUUCGACAUUUCAGGCCACUAUGAACCAGGUAUUCAAGCCAUUACUCCUCAACUGUGUUAUUGUUUUCUUUGACGAUAUUUUAGUUUACAGCAAGACCGGAGAGGACCAUCGCUGCCAUUUGUGUCUUGUGUUACAAAGGCUGCGGGAUCACCAAUUUUAUGCUAAAGGCAGCAAGUGCAAAUUUUUUCAGCCAGCAAUUGAUUAUUUGGGGCAUUUAGUCUCGGCACAAGGGGUGCAGGCCGACCCUUCCAAGAUCGCCGCAAUGGUCGAAUGGCCUCAGCCUCGUACUAUUAAACAGUUACGGGGAUUUCUGGGAUUGACGGGAUACUAUCGGCGAUUCGUGGCCCACUACGCUACCAUAGCAGCUCCUCUUACAGAACUAUUGAAGAAAGACAACUUUGUGUGGACAGAACAAGCCAACGUAGCCUUCCAUCAGCUCAAAACAGCCAUGACAACGAUCCCAGUUCUUAUUCUACCAGAUUUUUCUAAGCUUUUUGUAAUUGAGUAUGAUGCAUCUAAUGUGGGUAUUGGGGCAAUCCUCAUGCAGGAAGGCCAUCCUAUUGCUUUUUUCAGCAAAAAACUCGGACCCAAAUUUGUUGGUACGUCGGCAUAUUUAAGAGAGUUAAGGGCUAUUGUGGAGGCCGUAACCAAAUGGCGACAGUAUUUGUUGGGACGUCACUUUGUUAUUCACACGGACCAUAGGAGCUUAAAAGAAUUACUCACCCAAGUAAUACAAACACCGAAACAGCAGCAUUUUCUAAGAAAGCUUAUUGGGUUCAGUUUUUCAAUAGAUUAUAAGGCGGGAAAAACUAAUUCAGCGACAGAUGCACUAUCUCGGCGACAUGAGGGAGUGUUCUCCUUCUUUACCGCUGCUAUUUCUUCUGCAUGUUUUGAUUUUCUGGACGAAUUGCGACGUGAAAAUACAACCUGCCCAGAACUUAGGCACCUCCACACCCAGUUAGCCGAAGGAACAUUGAAAGAAUCAGACUAUUCGGUGAAGGAUGGGUUACUUUAUUACAGGCAGCGUAUUAGAGUGAGCACCAAUUCACAUUUUAAGCAGCAACUUAUUAAAGAGUUCCACGAGACCCCUAAGGGUGGACAUGCGGGGAUGGAACGCACGUUCCUACGGUUGAGCGCCAAUUUCUUUUGGCCAGGUAUGAAAUCCGAAGUUCGAAAUUUUGUGCAAUCCUGUGUCAUUUGUCAAACAGUCAAGUACUCACCCGCUGCCCCUUACGGUUUGCUACAACCAUUGGAGCUUCCGGAACGCGUGUGGGGAGGAUCUAGCCAUGGAUUUCAUCGUGGGAUUACCGAAUUCGUUUGGGGUCACAAACAUCUUGGUAGUAGUAGAUCGCUUCACCAAAUAUGCUCAUUUUGGGGCAUUACCGAAUCAUUAUUCAGCCACCAAGGUCGCCGAUCUUUUCUCUCAUAUGGUGAUCCGUUUGCAUGGUAUGCCAAGGUCUAUUGUUUCGGAUAG